GCUGAGAUUCUAACGUUAAAAAUCUCGCAGAAAUACAUCAACACGUACGAAAAUCGACCUCCUAAAAUUCGCCAUUUUCCUCCACGUUUCAACACCCGCCACAAAAUAUGUGCCGUCGCCGAUUUGUCUGUUAUCUUUUUGUCCAUGUAAAAAGAUUAUACACAAACUUAUUAGUUUUAUAAUUUGACUUUCUUCUUUUUCUGGGUUUGAUUUCUUGGUUGUGCUAUGAAAAUUACUUAUUCACACGCAAAAAACACAAGCAUUUAUGGGUUUUGAUCAAUUCGUGUCUUUAUAACGUGUGAAAAAGGGAAAAUAUUAUUUAGAGAGAGAGAGAGAGAGAGGGUGUGUGUGUGAGAUAGAGGAGGGUUGUUGAUCGUGUUCUCCUCCUUCUCUCUCUCUAGAAUGAUUUCUUGCAUCAUUUUGUAUAUAAAUUUGUAUGUUUGUGAGUAAUUUCUCCACACUUUUGUUUAUUGUAAUACAUUUAACGUUGUUUUGAGGAGGAGGAUUUGAAGAUAGGUAGAUCAUAGAUGGGGGCAUGUGUAUCUCAGCAUGAGAAUUGUGUAGGAGGUGAUUUCGGAGUUUCGAAGAAGAAGAAGAAACAUGAAAAGAGAAGAAAAACUGUGAGGAAAAGUGAUACUACUCAUUUACAUGAUAGAUCCUUGGAUAAAGUUGAUCGGGUCGACAGUUCCAUUUUUCAUGGGAGUGUUGAAGAAUCAUGGUUUGAUCCUGCUACUGUACUUGAAUCUGACUGUAGCGAUGAAGAUUAUCAAAGCGUUCCCGAUGACAUGCUCUCUCUAAGUGGCUUUGAUGUUACAUCCAUUUCUCCAAAGGAUGGUGAUGCCAAUUUUCGACAUGUUUCUUCCCUUGAACAGACAGGGGACUUUUCAAGGGGAAAUUCUUCUCGCGAAUCUGUCAACGGAACAGCUAGAAGUUCAAUUCAUCCCAGUGAUCCUGAUUUCCGAGUGAAAUCUGAUGAACCACAGAUGGAACCAGUAUUCAUCGAUGAAAUCUUGUGCUCGGCUGGAGAAAAUGCUGGCUUGUUGGAUAAUAGAGGAAUUCUCCCGAACAACUGUUUGCCUUGUCUUGCUUCUACAGUUCCCUCAACUGAAAAGAGAGUAUCCCUAAGCUCUAGUCCUACAAGUGCAAGGAAAAAGGCUGCCUUGAGACUCUCCUUCAAAUCAAGUGAAGGACGUCCUGCUUGCAUUUUACUUUCUUCAAAGGUACUUCUGCAAAGACCAAUAGCUGGUUCACAAGUACCAUUUUGUCCCCUUGGGAAGAGAGUUAAUGAUAGUUGGUCCAACAUUGACCCAGGUACUUUCAAGGUUAGGGGAGAGACCUAUUUCAGGGAUAAAAGGAAAGUGCAUGCUUCAAAUUAUGCUGCAUAUUAUCCUUUUGGCGUUGAUGUAUUUUUAUCUCCGAGAAAAAUUGAUCACAUUGCUCGGUUUGUGGAACUUCCUUUUAUGAAUUCUUCAGCGAAGCUUCCACCCAUUCUCGUUGUGAAUGUUCAGAUACCAUUAUACCCUGCUGCAAUGUUCCAGUGUGAAACAGACGGGGAAGGAAUAAAUUUUGUUCUGUACUUUAAGCUUUCCGAAACCUAUACUAAGGAACUUUCGGCCCUGUUUCAAGAAAAUAUUAGGAGUUUAAUUGAUGACAAAGUAGAGAAAGUUAAAGGUUUUCGUGCAGAGACGGAUGUACCCUUUAGGGAAAGGUUAAAGAUAUUGGGUCGUGUUGUAAAUGUUGAAGACCUUCCUCUAGGUGCAGCAGAGAGGAAGCUCAUGAAUGCCUACAAUGAGAAACCCGUUCUUUCACGUCCGCAACAUGAAUUUUACUCGGGUGAAAAUUAUUUUGAGAUUGAUUUGGAUAUGCAUAGAUUCAGCUACAUUUCUAGGAAAGGUUUUGAAACAUUCAUGGAUCGGCUAAAGCUAUGUGUCUUGGACGUUGGACUUACAAUUCAGGGUAACAAAGCCGAAGAAUUGCCUGAGCAGAUCUUGUGUUGUAUACGGUUGAAUGAAAUCAAUUAUAAGAAUUACCAACAAUUGAGGUCUUUUCAAGCACCUCUUGAGUAGGUGUUCAAAUAGCGUGAGCAUCAGGGAUAAUGAUGAAUAAAUGCAAUUUUUUUGGUAUCUAGUCCUUCUCUCUCUCUCGAUUUUCAAUAGUUAAAUAUCGACAUGUGCCUUCACAUUAUCACUUUACAUGUAUAUGAUGCUUUAUCCAUGGUCCAUAGAGAGUGUGGGAACAUCUUAAUCUCAAUGAGAUGGCUAAAAUGAUACAUCUUA